CCUCGGCAGUGCGGGACGUGUUCAGUCGUGGAGGCUUGAGGUCCGACAGCAGCAACCUCCCCAGCCGUGUUCAUGGGUGUAGCGGCCGCUCCGGUGGCUCCGUAGCCCUGCUUCAGCGACCAGCUCCUGAAGUACAGCAGCAGAGGAAACGAUGUGAUUUCUGUUUUUAUUCUCAGCCCGAACCUCGUUUCUUUUCUUCGUUUUUUUAAAAUACAUUUUUUCUUACGUUGUAGGAUUUUGUGGCCGCUGGGCGUUUAAUUCCGGGCACUAUUCCAUACGGUGCUUUCGGUAACACUUUUUUUAUUUUUUAUUUUAUUUUUUUUUUUACUGUGAAUAAACUCAGACCUUCCGCUGAGACUACAAACUUUGGAUCCCUGAAGACAGCCUGUCGCCAGUCCGGGGGGGAAGAGCAGCGAGGAGGGGAGAUCUGACACCGAGCAGCGAGCCUAUAUUUGUCCGCUCGACUCUGGGAAGGAAGGAAGGAGAAGCAGGCUCCUGCCGCCACCUCCGCCACCAGCCUGAAGAGAAGCGAGCGGAGGAUUUAGGCUGAAUAACGGGGAGGGAUAUAAACCUGGAGGAGAUUUGACGAUCUCAGAGGUGCUUGGUGCAAUGGGACUGAACCUCUGAGGGGCGAGCACAAAAGACCAAGGGGAAGAGGCCGAACAAAGCCAAGGGAGGGGGGACAGAGGACAAAGGAGGAGGAACAGAAGACGGAGGGAAGAUUCUUGCCCGGCGCCAGGACAGAAGGAGAGCUUUUGGGCAGAAGAGUGGGUGGAGAAGGAGAGGGAGGGAGGGAGAUUUGAAAGGAAGGAUUUGCUGUAUCUGUUGGGGGUGCAUGCUCCCCCCUAAGUCCUCCCCUCCUACUUGGACAUAUUUUUUUUCUGCAUCAGUGACAGACCGACAAAAGGCAAAGAAUGCACAAUAAACCAAGUUUGGGAUGCGUCGGGGUGAGCGGGGGCCUCGACGUGAGACUACCCAGGACUAGAGCCUUGCUGCUGGGCUUGCUUCUGGCCGUGGCGGGCUGGCUCCAUCCAGUCAGCGCGGAGGUGGAGAUCGACGUGCUGGGCGAGAUGGUGUUAAUGGAAGCAGGUGGACAGAGUGAGAGGGUGGGUGGGAGAAGCGAGCUGGAGGCCUCCAUGCACUCCUCGCUGCUUGGGGGCUUCCAGGAGGUGACGGAAGGUGUCCGAGCGAUGGAGGCUGUUGCCAUAGAAACCAGCGAGACGGCAGCAACCCGUCAGAACGUGGCAGUGCCCACAGCCUUCCCAGACUCCUCAGCGGUGGUGGGUCGAAUCUUCCAAAUGAAGGUGCCAAACAAGAUGGAGGAUGUUUACCUGGGUGAUAUUGUCAAGAUCACUGAGAUGGGGAAGGAUUCCCUCCCGGCCUGGCUGCACUGGGAUGCCAGCAGCAGAGUCCUUCAGGGUCUCCCUUUGGAGGAGGACAAAGGUGUCCAUUACAUCUCAGUGUCCAUCUCCAACCACACAAAAUCCUCUUCUUCUGAGGUGUUUUCCAUUGAGGUCCACCCUGAAGACCAUUUGGAUGCAGAUUCAGCCCAGCUGGCAUCCAACCAAGCUUCCACUGAAGACGACGUCCAGCCGUUCAUGUGCGGCAACGAGGAACCGGUGACGGUGCUGACAGUGAUCCUGGACGCCGAUUUAACCAAGAUGAGCUCGGAACAGAGGGUGGAGCUCCUGGAUAGUAUGAGGAGUUUCUCUGGGGUGGGGCUCCAGCACAUGAAGAUACUCCCCGUGGUCAACAACAGACUGUUUGACAUGUCUGCAUUCAUGGCUGGGCCGGGAAAUGCCAAAAAGGUGGUGGAAAAUGGCGCUCUGUUGUCCUGGAAGCUCGGCUGCUCGCUGGACCAGAGCACAGUCCCAAACAUCAACAGUGUUCAGGGUCCUGCGAAGGAGGGCACAAUGUCAGCCAAGCUGGGCUACCCUGUGGUGGGGUGGCACAUCGCCAACAAAAAACCCCAUGUCCCUAAGCGAGUGAGGCGCCAAUUAAACAACACUCCAACUCCUGUGCUGGCAGUGCUUCCUCCAACAACUGUAGUGGAGCCUCCAGUGAGGAUUGUCCCAACCCUGUCCUCUCCCUCUAUCGCUGCACCAACUGAAAGCUCCGCUCCCCCUGUAAGAGGCCCCGUCCCCCUUCCAGGAAAGCCUACAAUCAGAGUCCGUGAUCCUAUUGCCCACACUCCAACCUUGGGGCCUCCUCAACCAACAAGGGUGAUGGAGACCACCAGCACCAUUCCCAUCCAGGCAACCAUGAGCAGACCUACUUACGUGGAAGCCACUGCCACACCAUCCAUACCUACCAGAAAACCCACCAAAAAACCUAGGAGGCCUAAAUCCACACCAGUGCCCAGAGAGCCAAAGACCACAGCAAAGCCGUCCACACGUGCCACCCCAUUACCUGGCGUCAUCCCGGAUCCCUUCAACGAGAAGCCUGACUUGCGUAACCCCAUCGACCAGGUCAAUGCACUGGUGGGCACCUAUUUCGAAGUUAAGAUCCCAUCUGACACGUUCUUUGAUAAAGAGGACGGGACAACAGACAAGCUGCGUCUCACCCUGAGACAGAACCACAAUGAAGUGGUCGGUGAGGGCUCUUGGAUCCAGUUCAACACCACCAACCAGCUUCUCUAUGGCCUGCCUGAUGCCCAGCAUGUGGGGAAACACGAAUAUUUCAUGCAGGCAACUGACAAAGGCGGCCUGAGUGCAAUUGAUGCUUUUGAGGUCCGUGUGAACCGCUGGCCCGUCAAUGACAAGACCCCUGUGAUCUUCACAGCCCGAUUCGAAGGCGAGCCACGUUCAGUAACCAAUGACAUUCACAAGAAAAUCAGUCUGGUCAAGAAGCUGGCAUACGCCCUGGGCGACCGCAACAGCAGCAGAGUGAGUCUCCGGAAUAUCAGUAAAGGGUCCAUUGUGGUGGAGUGGACGAACACCAGCCUCCCGCAGCACCCGUGUCCAAAAGAGCAGCUCACAGUCAUGAGCAGGAUGCUCGCCAAUGCUGAUGGGAGGCCCUCGCAGACCUUCAGGUACUCCAUGGAGCCCGAAUUUAGACCACUGGACGUCAUGGUCAAGGGAAGGGCAAGCUGCAGAACAUAUUCCUUCAUCCCACCAGGAGAGAUCGAUUUACCAGAACCUCCAGCAGUCACUCCCGCUCUGGGAACAGGCCGGCAGAGCACAGAUGACGUCUACCUCCAUACUGUCAUCCCUGCUGUGGUGGUGGCAGCAAUCUUGUUAAUAGCAGGUAUCAUUGCAAUGAUCUGCUACAGGAAGAAACGAAAGGGCAAGCUGACCAUUGAAGACCAGGCCACCUUCAUCAAAAAAGGUGUGCCGAUUAUCUUUGCUGACGAACUUGAUGACUCUAAGCCGCCUCCAUCUUCCAGUAUGCCCUUGAUUCUCCAGGAGGAGAAGCCCCCACUUCCACCCCCUGAAUACCCCAACAUGGCCACACCAGAGACCACUCCCCUCAACCAGGAACUGCGGGGGGAGUACACAGCUCUGCGGGAUGAGGACCCCAACGCACCUCCCUACCAGCCACCACCUCCUUUCACCACUCCCAUGGAAGGCAAGGGCUCCCGUCCCAAGAACAUGACUCCCUACAGAUCACCACCUCCCUACGUGCCGCCCUAAGAUUUGUUUAACCCUCCCCUCGUAGGGUGGAGGGAGAGGAUGCCUGAGGAGCUGUAACGGUUUCCAUUCUGGUGUCUGUCUGGACAUUUACAGGGAGAGAUGUCAAGAGGUGCUAAAGUACAAAACAGCUACAAGGGACUUUGGUUUGGGAGGGGGAGCGAUGAGUCGGGUGGGGUUUUACAGUAGACAGAUGGGAUGAUUGGUUGAAACAGCUGGGAGGGACUACUGUUUUAGUGGUAGCCCAGCUACUGCAGUGGCCUAAGACAAACAAAUUCUCGUCACACUGGUUUUCGGGUCGACCAGUCGGUCAGAAGCAACAAACGGGAGACGUGCUCUCUUCCCAGCAUUUCAUUUUUUUUUUUUCAUCUGUUGAUUUGGAUACUGGCUUUUAGUUUGUUUUUCAUCUUUAUCCCAAGAUUAUUAUUCUUCUUUUUUUUUUUUUUUUUUGGACUGAAUCGUUUGCCUAACAACUCUUCUUUGGUCCUGCUUUUAAAUAACACGAGAAGACAGUGAACUGCCAUCAGACCACUGCAGGUAACAACUCGUGUUUUUAACCAGGAGAAUGAGAUUCUCUGAGUAUGAGAAAAGCUACCAUGAGGAUCUCAGAUCACCCCUGCAGACGACACAAGAGGAUGGGAGGCCGAGGUGUGUGUCUGUGCGCGUGUGUGUGCGUGUGAAUGAGUGGGUGUGUUUAUUCAGAUUCAGUACGGUUUGCCUUUUAACACUAGUUGUCUGUUUCUAUCCUUAUUCACAAUGUCUAGUAAAGAUGAGAAUAACAAGGUAGCCUAAAAAAAGAUUUAGAGAUGAAUAAUAAAUAAUUUGUUUGUUUCAUUGGUUUUAAAAUUCACUGUAUAUCUGGAAGAUAUUCUGAUAGAUUGUGUUAUAUUUUUUUGGUGGUGGAAGAAAGCGAGAGGAAAGGGAUUGCCUCCCUAAAGUAAGCGGCAGGAGCUUUUUCAUUCCUGUUUGGAUAUUACGACCAUAAGUCAACGGCAGGUCACGAGAUGAAAAACCCACCUUGGUCCCAGCUGCACUCACAGCGUCAGCAGGUCUGCAGCAAGGUGGGAGCAACGAGCUACUGAUUUCAUGACAAAACAAAAACCGUAAGUAACUUGAGUUUAAUGUGGAUUUGGAUGCACGGUUUAUCGUUGUAUGUGGAUUUCAGUUCAUCCGUUUGCCAUCAGUGUUACAUGGUAGCAACAUUCAGAUGUUACCUGAGCAGGAAGGAGAGCCCUGCGGUUUAUUUUGGCCCAGGUAUAAUUAUUAUUAUUUUUUGUAUGUAAUGAGGCAGUUCUACUCUCCGGUCUGAGGAGAACCAUUGUGUGCCAUGGAGACUGUCCCACAUGGGAUUGUACAGAUAUUCACAUUUUAGAGGUCACAGAGGAGAUGAUGGAGACAGAGGUGGAGGCAGAGGUGGAGGCAGAGAUUGGGACGGAGGAAAGAAUAAUGCAUUUCUAAUAAUUAGCUCACAGAAAAUCUGCUUCUAAUUUUUUUUACAGAGUUUUUGAUACAGCCUCAAAUUGUUUGAUGAUUAAAAGAAAAGAUGAUUAAUUAUUAGUCUUCUGUGAUUUGUAAAAUCUUAGCCUAGAAGUCCAACUAUGAUUCAGUUAUGUACACUUUUUUUUUUUUUUUGACAUGGGUCGCAUAUUUCACGCGUUUUAUUUUCUCGUGUGUGUGUUUGCAUAUCAAAAUGUAUCUCCCACUAUACAAAGAUGGAAUGACCCAUAUUUUAUGUAAUCACAAAUUUUAUUUUCGUGUCCUUAUGUUUUGCUGAUGAGUUUUAACUGAAAGUGACCCUUUGCAAUAAUAAUGUAAGGCGCAGUCCACGCAGAGACUGGCCAGUGCAGGCUCAGGCGAGUGGCUCAUAUUGUCAUAAUUACUGUUGGUUUUUGCAGGAUGCCAAGGCUUUUGCUUUUCAAGUGUGCAUUGUCAUAAUAAAACCGACUGGUACGAUUAAAAAAAAAAAAAAAAAUCAACCUUUCUUCAUUCAUGUA